AUGGAGCUUGACCAAAUGAUUCAAGAUGACUUCUUCGAUUUGUCGGAUUCAGACGAAGAAAUGGACAUGAUCAUGCUCAUGAACAUGCAAGAGGAAAUGGACCGACAAGGAGUGGACGCACACAACGACUACUUCAAGCUCAGAAGGGAUUGUUGCGGCGAACUCUCUUUCUCGGCCAAGCAGAAGUGCACGGCUGCUCUGAGGAUGCUCGCACUUGGUACUGCUGCAUACGCCAUUGGUGAGAUGGUCAGGAUGGGGGAGAGCACGUGUCUGAAGGCUACUUUCAAGUUUGCCCGCGCCGUGGUGCAGGUGUUUGGACCUGAGUAUCUCAGAGAACCAAAUGUGCAGGACACAGAGAAGUUGUUGUCUAUUAAAGAGGCAAGGGGGUUUCCAUGA